AACAUCCGUCUGCUCAUCACAUGACUCUAAGUCUGUCAGUUCACACCUGGUGACAGACGUCAUGUGAUCGGAUCCCAGAGACAGAUGUGAACAGCAGGUCUGGAUCAAAGAGCCUUCAAAGGACUAAUUAACAGAGUUAACUCACAGUUUCACUUUUAUCUUCAUCUGUUCAUCAAGUGUUUAAUGACACAACGUGUUUUCACAAUCACACGUUACAGCAGUGGUCACCAACCAGUCCAGAGUUUUCACUGUGGAUCCCAGUAAAGAUCUGGACUCACUGGCUGAGGAGUGAGGAACAUCGACCUGCAGAACCAGAUAAACAUUGAAACUGGUGAAAGAUCAUUUCACUGUGUUCUGCUGUAAACUGAGCGCAGAACCAGAGGAAAUAGACCAGACCUUGAAUAUCUAGAAGAGCAGCGUGGCCUGAACCACAACUGAGCCGCAGCCGGUGCAACAUGGACGAGGACACUUCAGAGCAAGUUGGACCCUCACCCACAAAAGGUCAGGACCACAGACUGAGAGCAGAGUCUCCAGGGUCCACCUGUCUGUCUCUGAAGAGUGACUGGUCCAUGAGACCUCCUCCUCUAUUCUUCAGUAAAGAACCUGGACCCUCACACACAGAAGGUCAGGACCACAGACUGAGAGCAGAGUCUCCAGGGUCCAGCUGUCUCUCUCUGAAGAGUGACCGGUCCAUGAAUCAUCCUCUAGUCUUCAGUAAUGAACCUGGACCCUCACACACAGAGGAGAGGAAGAGGAGUCAUGUUUCUGAGGAGGAGCAGUCGUCCUGCUGUGCUUCGUGUCAGGAGGUCCUGAAGGAUCCAGUCUCCACCAGCUGUGGACACUGGUUCUGCAGACAGUGCAUCACCUCAUACUGGGACCAGUCUGGCUCUUCAGGAGACUCCUCCUGUCCCCAGUGUGGACAAAGAUCCAGACCAGGAGCUGGAGCAGAUCGUGGUCUGCAGGAGGUUUCAGAUGAACAUAAGCUCAGUGUGAGGAGGAGAUGUGAACAUGUGACUGAAGGAACUGAUGAAACAGGAAGUAGAACCCUCCUCAACAGGAUCUACACUGAGCUCUACAUCACAGAGGGACAGAGUGAAGAGGUUAAUACUCAACAUGAGGUGAGGCAGCUUGAGACGGCUUCCAAGCUGAAGAUCCUCCAGGACACUCCCAUCAAGGUCCAGGACAUCUUUAAAGCCUCCACUGACCAGCAGAGCAGCAUCAGAGUCGUCCUGACCAACGGCGUCGCUGGCGUUGGAAAAACCUUCUCGGUGCUGAAGUUCACUCUGGACUGGGCAGAGGGUUUAGAGAACCAGGAUGUGGGUCUGCUGGCUGUGCUUUCGUUCAGGGAGCUGAACCUGGUGAAGGACCAGCAGCACAGUCUUCUCACGCUGCUCCAUGUUUUCCAUCCAGCGUUACAGAAGCUCACUGCAGAGACGCUCGCUGUCUGUAAACCUUUGUUCAUCUUUGACGGCCUGGAUGAAAGCAGACCUUCUCUGGACUUCAACCACAGGGAGCUUGUGUCUGAGGUCACACAGAGGUCAUCAGUCAACGUGCUGCUGACAAACCUCAUCCGGGGGAACCUGCUUCCCUCGGCUCUCGUCUGGAUAACCUCCAGACCUGCGGCGGCCAAUCAGAUCCCUCCUGCAUGUGUUGACAGGGUCACAGAAGUACGAGGCUUCACUGAGGCCCAGAAGGAGGAGUACUUCAGGAGGAGAUUCAGUGAUGAAGAGCUGUGCAGCAGAAUCAUCUCACACAUCAAGACGUCCAGGAGCCUCCACAUCAUGUGUCAAAUCCCAGUCUUCUGCUGGAUCAGUGCUACAGUUCUGGAGCACAUGUUGACCACAGACCAGAGAGGAGAGCUGCCCAAGACCCUGACUGACCUGUACUCACACUUCCUGCUGGUUCAGACAAAGAUGAAGAACAACAAGUACGGUGAGGGACAUGAGACGACUCCACAGCAGCUGACGGAGGCUGACAGGGACGUUCUCCUGAAGCUGGGGAGGCUGGCACUUAAACAUCUGGAGGAAGGAAACAUCAUGUUCUACCAAGAAGACCUGGAGCAGUGUGAUCUUAAUGUCACAGAGGCCUCGGUGUACUCAGGAGUUUGUACUGAGAUCUUCAGAAGAGAGUGUGAGAUCUUCCAGAAAUCAGUCUACUGCUUUGUUCAUCUGAGCGUUCAGGAGUUUCUGGCUGCAGUCUACAUGUUCCACUGUUACACCAAGAGGAACACAGAAGAACUCAACAACUUCUUGGGAACAAUUGGGAACACAGACACCUUCUCCCUGGAUGACCUCCUGAAGAGAACCAUGGAGAAAUCCCUCACCAGUACAAAUGGUCAUCUGGACCUGUUUGUUCGCUUCCUUCACGGCCUCAGUCUGAAGUCCAACCAGAGAGUCUUAGGAGGCCUGCUGGGUCGGACAGGGAACAAUCCAAAGAUCAUCCAGAGAGUCUCAGGAUGGCUGCUGGGUCAGAGAGAGAACAAUCCAGAGAUCAUCCAGAGAGUCAUCAACAACCUGAAGGAGAUGAAGAGUGAUGACAUUUCUCCUGACAGAAGCAUCAACAUCUUCCACUGUCUGACUGAGAUGAACUAUCACUCAGUUCAUCAGCAGAUGAAACAGUUCCGGACGUCAGAGAACAGAUCAAAGGAGAAACUCUCUGAGAUCCACUGCUCAGCUCUGGCCUACAUGCUGCAGAUGUCAGAGGAGGUUCUGGAUGAGUUGGACCUGAAGAAGUUCAACACAUCAGACCAGGGUCGAUGGAGACUGAUCCCAGCUGUGAGGAACUGCAGGAAGGCUCGAGUCCGUCGUUGUGGACUCUCAGAGACUCACUGUGAAGUCGUGGCCUCAGCUCUGAAGUCAGACCCCUCACAUCUGAGAGAACUGGAGCUGAGUCUUAACGAGCUGCAGGAUUCAGGAGUGAAGCUGCUGUGUUCUGGACUGGAGAGUCCAAACUGUCGACUGGAGACUCUGAGGUUGGAGGGCUGCAGUCUGUCAGAGAUCAGCUGUUCUUCUCUGGCUUCAGCUCUGAGGUCAAACCCCUCUCAUCUGAGAGAACUGGAUCUGAGUGACAACAACAGCCUGCAGGACUCAGGAGUGAAGGAGCUGUGUGGUUUUCUACAGAGUCCAACCUGUCGACUGGAGACUCUCUGGUUGGAUCACUGCAGUCUGUCAGAGAUCAGCUGUUCUUCUCUGGCUUCAGCUCUGAGGUCAAACCCCUCUCAUCUGAGAGAACUGGAUCUGAGAGACAACGACCUGAAGGACUCAGAAGUGAAGGAGCUGCUUGAUCUACAGCAGAGUCCAACCUGUCGACUGGAGACUCUGAGGUGGGAUGGAUCUGAGUUGGACUGGUUGUGAAGAGGACAGUGUGAAGAGGACAGUGUGUGUGGACGGAGGCUGAGCGGUGUCCUGAGGAUCCAGAGGCUGAAGCAGCUGCAGCUUGUGUGUAGUCUCCAAUCUACACAACCCCUAAUCUGCAUGUGUUUGUGAGAUGAAGCCGGAGCACCUGGAGAAAACACGGGGAGAACAUGCAGACUCCACACAGGAAGACCCCAUCUGAACCGGAUUCAAACCAGCAACCUUCCUGCCCCGAUUGUGUUUAUUCACAUGAAGAAUGUGUUUAUUGAAAUGACAACAGAAGCAGAAUAUAUAAACCCUCUAUAAAGAGUCGCAUACAGUGUGUUUAAGUUUGUCUUUAUUAUUGUCCACCUUUGUCCCUCAGUGUGUCUCCAUGUGUGUAGGACCCCAUUCUGUGUAUAUGUUUGUUUAUGAUUGUGAUGGCCGCACCAGCAACCACACACUGACAUUCCAAAACAUGAUGCUAACUUCUUGAUUUCUAAUUUGCUUAGUUGUUUGUUUUUGCACACGCACCCACAAAUAACUUGACACAUUUUGAUUUCAUACAACAUACUUUUAUUUGUUAAAUAUUUUAUUUCUGUGAUAAUUAAUUAAGUUUUCUUUGAGUUACCAGUUCCUGGGGCUUGUUUCUGGAGUCAUCUGGCCGUUCAGCAAACCACCUUAAAUGGCUGUGAGUCCUAAUUGGACUGCACCAUGUCUAUUGCCAUCAUGGGGAGGGACAUGGUUGCCUUAUCUCUAUUUGUAAUUGUUAAAUCUUUAAUUAUUGCUUUCUAUUUCUAUUUGAUUCAUUUUCCUUAGUUAAUAUGAUGUGGUCUAAUACAGGGAUGUUAUGUUGUGGCGUUAGCAUGUCUAUGUGUAUCCCCCUCUUUGUUUUGAGUGGCUUGAAAGGCCCCAUAUAUGUUCCCAUCUCUCAGUCGAGGGGGGCUGUUUUUUUUGUGCCGAUGCUGUCAAUUAUCCUCAAGCUUGAGGAUAAUUUGCCUUUUACCGGUUGUGAGAUUUUUCUUUUUACUUUUUUCUAAAGGAAACUGAAUUAAAAACACACUUUUCGUUCAAAGAAACUCUGUGGCUCUCUGGUCUUCCUGCUGGGUCCCUCACAAUGAUCUUAAAGUUCCUGGAUUCACGUCACAAAUUGAUUUAAUUCAACACAAAGUUAAAUAUAUUGAAAUAUAUAUCAGAGCUUCACACCACGACCUUUCUGUUGAGUGAUGAUCUUACAUGUCUCACUGAGGGGCUGCAGCAUCGAUUCAUCUGAU